AGUUAGAACAACACGAUCGAGUUCGUAAAAUCACAGCAGUUUGCUUCAUUCAAUUGAUCACAAGAUUUCCUUAGUUUUCACGCUUUAUGCUAUGCAAGGAAUCUCACACAGUUGUUGAAUAACUGAACACUACAAUGUUAUUAGACAUAAUCUAAUAAAUGGGAGCAUAUAGUUCACAGACGCCUUCCUUGUAGUUCAUUGCAACAACGUGUCAGAACUUACGAAUUCGUGACAUCUUCAACAACUAUAGUGUAUAUCAACCUGCUUCAACUUACAUCAUGGCUGACGUCAACAAGUUGAAGCUAUCAAGACGAAACAUCAAGGGUCAGUUGACGCGAACAUUAUCGACAAUUGACAGCCUUACAACAGAUGCCGUUGGUGAUCUAGACAUGUUAAAGAAAUACAUCACUAAAGCUGAGCAACAAUUUGAGAAAGUGGAAGAGAAACAUUCGGCGCUGAUGGAUAUCAUCGAAGAUCAGAGAGAGUAUGAGGUGGAGGAGAAAUGGAUGGGAGAAUGUGAAAAUGAGUACGUCCAGGUGUUAAUACGGGGAAGGAGGGUCGUCGACCGUCAGUCUCAAUCUCCCCUGGACAAUCAACAGUUUCUCCCCUCUUCACCUACAAUUCCACAUCCAAGAUCCAGUCCAGCUUCAUAUGCGCCAUCUCCUAUGCCCCACACCGCUACGUCGGCUGCUCCAAGAAUGGCAAGAAUGAGAUUCCCAACUUUCAAUGGGAACCUUCGAGACUACAAGCGUUUCAAAGAAUUGUUCACCCACUGUGCAACAGAGUUAACAGAGAUGGAAUGCUUCCAUCAACUGACCGAAUCAAUGAUUAAUGUCAAAGAACGCGACAAAAUCAAAGGGUGCAUUAGUGUUGAACGAGCCUGGCAAGUACUUGAUGAGUGUUACGGCGAUCAGGACAAAGUAGUAGACAGCCUACUAAAAGAUCUAGAGAACCUGAGGACAUACGAGAUCAAAGGCAAAACAAACCUCCCCGCCAUGGGUCAUUUUGUCCAGACUCUUCAAAACUUCGAAACCCAAGCUGAGACCAUUGGCCUAUCUGGAGAGCUUAACAGUAAGAUCAUGUUGAGUCAGAUUAAGCAGAAGCUCCCAGAGGAACACCGCAUCGCAUAUUAUAAAGGUGUUAGAGAUGACAGGAUUGAUGAUUCCCUCACCGGUCUGGUCAAGUGGUUAUACAGCCAACUUUUGCUGCUCGAGAAGGCGAAGCCUAACAGUGGGGACAAUUCGCCUAGCCCUCCACAAAGACAACAUAAGGUGUAUAAGUCUACAAGCGCUGCUUCAUAUACUUCUGAUAACCAGAGCCAACCAAGCAAGGCCAGACACUCCGGGGUCGCCAAGUGUGCCAUCCACCCCAAUGCAGACUCGCACUACUUGAAGACUUGCAACAAGUUCAAGAGCCUGCCACAGAAUGAGAAAUAUAAAGUAAUGAGAAAGAAUGGUAUCUGUUACCGAUGUGGGCAUAACAACUGUGUUGCUGGCAAGCCUCCACAUGACCAAAACUCUUGUCAGUUUGUUGCUCCAUGCAGAGUCCAAACGUGUGGCAGUGACUCACACUUCGCAGCUGUCUGCCCUGUCAUAUACGGAGAGAGUGGUCAAGGUCCUGCAAACCAAACACGCAACACUAUGGAAUCUCCACGUUCAACCUCAAUCAACGUGACAACAGCCCACACCAACGAGACAGGGAAGCUUCAAAGCACUUUACCUACUGUUGUUGGUUAUCUACGAUGUGGCGAUGUCCGGCACCUGGUGCGCAUCCUGUUGGAUGGUGGUAGCCAAGCUACACUGUUAAGGGAAGGGAUUCUUCCAAGGACAGAGAGAGGCCUUUUCCAGGACCAUGAUCUGAGUCUUGUUGGUGGCAGCAAGAUAACAAGGAAAUUGAGACUGUUGGACUGCUACAUUGAAGAUAUUGCAGGGAAUUGGUCAUGUCCUUUAACCAUGACAGAGAUAAAUCAACCCUGCGGUGAUACUCCUAUUGUACUACCAGAACAGCUUCGGCAGUAUGAGCAUCUGAGCGCCAUUGAUAUCCAUGCUGCCCCAUCCGAAACCAUCGACGUACUCCUUGGUGUGGACAACACACACUUGAUGAUCUGGGAAGAAUACAUCCUUGGCGAAAAGUUUGAUGAUCCUGUCGCUGUAAGAUGCCCCUUUGGCUGGUUUGUUCAAGGAGGACGGUCUACAAAUUCAACUUCACUGCUGAACUACAUCAAUGUGUCAGCCAUUGGACCAUUGGAAGAGUUCAUAGGUCUGGAGACUGUGGGUCUGGAGCCCAAGAAGUGUAAGUGCUCCUCAGAUGUAUUGGACAAAGAAGCAACUGAGGCAAUGCAACGGAGCGUAACUCAGCUUUCUGAUGGAUCGUACGAAGUCAGACUGCCAUGGAGGAAGUCACCCGAUGACCUGCCGGACAACUACAACUAUGCUGUCAAAAGGUUGAGAAGCCUUGAGAAUCAGUUCAAAAACAGGCAUGAAGAUUGGGACAUCUACUGUAGACAGAUGAGAGACCAGUUAAAGAGGGGUGUUUCGCGCCAUGUCUCAGAAGAGGAGCUACAGCGAGACAGAAGCACUGGAAAAAAGAUGUGGUUCCUGCCACAUUUCGCUGUCACCAAGGACUCGAAGACAACUCCUGUCAGAGUGGUAUAUGACGCGAAGGCCAGGUUCCAGGGCCACUCAUUGAAUGACUACCUCAUGAAAGGUGAGAAUAUCAACUCUGAUCUCUUUGAAGUUGCCCUGAGGUUCAGGGAGAACGAGGUGGGCAUCAUUGCAGACGUCAGCAAGAUGUAUCAAGCCAUAAAAAUCAAAUCUGAUGAUGCUCGAUUCCACAGGUUUGUGUUUCGAGAAAAUUCUAGCCACCCAAUUCAAGUCUACGAACUGACAACUGUCACCUUUGGGGACAAGCCCUCACCAACUGCCGCUAUAGUCACCCUUAGACAUGUGGUAGAUGAACAUGCACCGGAAGACGACAAACUCAAGGAAGUGGUUGCCAGGCAGUUCUACGUUGAUGACCUCAAUGAAUCUGUCACUAAUGUCCCAGAGGCUCUAGAGCUCAAAUCUAAGCUUAGCAAGACUCUUCAGAAAGGCAACUUCACCAUCAGAAAAUGGCAAUCGAAUGCGACAGAAGCCUGCGACGAAACAGAAGACAGCACAGAUGCCACUGCCCUUGGCACUAAAUGGAACCUCUCAAAAGACACGUUGAGGGUAAAGGAGGUGAAGUCGACUCUACUUGUUCCUACCAAGCGCAAUAUCCUGGCCCAAACUGCUUCGUAUUACGAUGUGUUUGGCAUGUUAUCUGGGCUCCUCGUUAGACCGAAGAUUCUCCUGCAAAAGCUAUGGCAGCUAAACCUAGACUGGGAUACCCCUCUCAACGACAAGGGUGAACUUUGUGCCAUUCUACGAGACAUCAAUAGAGACUUGGAGGAGGUAGCUAGCAUUGAGAUUCCAAGGUGCUUGAUCCCAGAGCCUUUCAAGGGGAUAAGGCCUUUACCAGAAGUGUCCCUGCACGGAGCGAGCGAUGCUUCAGAAGAUGCCAUGGGUAUUGGUGUUUGGCUACGAUGGUCUCACCCUGAGGACACUGAAGCACAUCUAUCAUUUGUAUGUGCAAAAGCCAAACUCACUCCACUGAAGCAGUCUAGCAUUCCUCGAAAGGAACUUCAGGCGAUCCUUCUGUUGUCGAGGCUCAUGCUUACUGUGAAGAAAGCCUUGCGGCUCAACAUCGCCUAUUCCAAGAUCUGGACAGACAGCAUGACUGCCAUUAGCUGGGUAAGAGGUCAAUCCAAGUCCUUCCGGUCCUACGUCGCAUAUCGUGUUGGCGAGAUCACAACAGAGUUCGACCCCAUCAAGGACAUUGCAUAUGUACCAUCAGAUCAGAAUGUUAUCGAUCUGGUUUCCAGAGGAGGAACUGCCAAUGAAAUGAGACGAGUCAUUGAGGGACCAGUGUACUUGAAGCAAUCACCUACGUUUUGGCCAAAGACACCAGAAAAUGUUCCUGUGAGCCUUGGAGACGAAGAACAGAAAAAAUUCCAUGUCCGGAAUGCCAAGACACUGGCUCUCAGAAUCAACGUCGUCUCUAAGCCUUCUCCGAUAGUUGACUCAACCAAGUUCUCCAGCUGGUGCAGGUUAAAGAUGGUGACCGCUAGAGUUCUCUCCGUGAAAAAACUGCCCAAGAACCAAUGGCUGAAGCAGCUCGCAAAACAGAUCUCUAUGUACCCUUCUCCAAAACUUGUCAAGGAGGCUGAAUUAUACUGGAUAAGACAAGCACAGCGAGAUGUUGACUUCCAGGAUCCUAACAUCAUGAAACUGGACCCAUUCUUCGAUGAAGAAGACCAAGUCUUCCGUGUUGGCGGACGAAUUGACAGGGCUCCAUUGUCAUAUGAUGUGCGACAUCCUUAUCUUCUCCCUAAGAAGAGCCACAUCAGUCUGCUGAUUGUGAGAGAUAGACAUGCACAUGCCCUUCACGGGGGUCACUUGAGAACGGCAACAGAAGUUAGGAAGCGUUACUGGAUUGUCGGAGACGUGAACAUAUCCAAACGCGUGGUGUACGACUGUGUCGUAUGCAGGAGACACAGAGGCAAGCCAAUUCAACAGAAGAUGGCUGACUUGCCAGAAUUCCGAGUCACUCCUUGCUCACCCCCAUUCAAGACUACAUUGGUUGAUUACCUUGGACCAGUGAAUGUAAAGCUGAACCGGAAUACCACGACAAAGGGCUACUGUGCUGUGUUCACGUGUGCAGUGACCAGAGCCGUGCACCUCACCUGUGUUCAAGACCUGUCUACACAAGCGUUCCUACAGGCACUAGAAAGGUUCAUAAGCAUCAGAGGGGCGCCAUCCUUGCUGGUCAGCGAUAAUGGCACUGCCUUCAGAGGAGCUGAUAACACCAUCAAUGAACUGAACUUGAAACUGAAUCAGACAGUACUGAAGGACCAUUGCCAACGGUACAAUGUUCAGUGGAAAUUCGGACCUCCAGGAGGACCUCACCACCAGGGGGCCGUUGAACGAUUGGUCCAAGAAGUUAAGAAAGGUAUGAGACACCUGGUGAAAGCUGAUCGUUUGACUUUUGUCGAGUGGGAGACUGUUUUCUGCCAGAUAUCCAGCCUGAUCAAUGGUCGACCCCUAACUGCAAAAUCAUCGUCACCCCUGGAUCAUCCUCCACUAACGCCAAACCACUUCCUGAUAGGUAGAGGUGACUUGCCAUGCCCCGAAGUCCCGUGUGAAGAAUACAAAGGAAACCACCGGAAACGUAGGGAGAUCUGCAAUUUCAUGGUAGAUGGGUUUUGGCGACGUUGGAUGGAGUGCAUCCACAAACUCUCACCACGCCAGAAGUGGCAGAAAUCUGCUGAGAACUUAGGAGAGAGGGACAUCGUACUCGUCAUCGGUGAGAACCUGAAGCGCGGCUCCUGGAAGAUGGCGGAAGUCACGUGUGUCUACCCAGGAAAAGAUGACCUCGUCAGAGUAGUGGACGUGAGAUUCGCAGACGGUACAAAACUGAAAAGACCUGUGACAAAGCUUGUUCUGCUUAUGAAGGAAUCUGAACGUUCAUAGAUUAACGUUUUAGGCUUUAGUAGUUGGGUGACACCGAACUCUGCCAAAUUUUCACCUUGAGAUAUUUUCACCUUGGGAUAUUUUCACCAGACUCUUAGUAUAUCUAACUUCGAACUUGAGUGCAUCAACAUCAAACUUUGGACGUUUUUCAUCGAAAUCUAAGUGUUGAAUUUCGAACCUUGAACUCUGGACUUCUAUUAACUGUUUUGUUCAUUUUUAUAUGAACAACCACCAGUGAUAUUUUCAGUAUUGUUAUGUUUACAAUGUAUGUGUAUUCAGUGACAUUCCGUCACCUUUGGGGGGAUGGGAUGUCAUGACAUGUUGAAGUAUAUGUGUAUUUUUAAAUUGUGCGCUUGCGCGUGUCCUUGUACGUAGACUAGUUAGAACAACACGAUCGAGUUCGUAAAAUCACAGCAGUUUGCUUCAUUCAAUUGAUCACAAGAUUUCCUUAGUUUUCACGCUUUAUGCUAUGCAAGGUAUGUUGAGAUUUGCUCAAAAACUUUUGUAGAUUUAAUGAGAAUGUGUAGUUUAUUAAUAUCUUUGUAUUCCUCUUUUAAAUACCUUGUUGAAGAGAUUUAGGUUUAGAUUAUACUUUGAAAAUCCAUCACACUUUCCAACGAAGGACCUUGCGUAUCUUGAAUACACGCAGAAGUUCUCUGCGGUCGAUAUCUUCAAAAUGUUGUCUUGUGACACGCAAUUCUUAAGAUGUACUCAUGAUUAUGACUCUACGAAUUUAGAGUAUUUUCUUAAAUCCAAGUUUAUAGGAUUUAUUGUUGUUUAACAUAUUUACAAGCCAGUUUAGUUAUGCACUAUUUUUCCUACUCAUUUGAUGUGGUAUGGUCACAAACUUACGUGCGAGUUGGCUCGCGGAUUGAUAUUUCCAGGAAUUUUGGUGUGAUCCGCCGCCCGGAGUUUACACGUGUUAUAGCAGGGUUUCAUGACGUUAUUGUUUAUCUUUCAGUAGUGAUAGUUAAUGUUGUCUUACAGUUAAUUCUUGUUACUUAGAACUGAUGUCUUUAAAAUUACAUUGCUUACACAAAAUUCGUGAAAUAAUAAUUCAAUCACCACUAAUAUUGAUAAUUGUUUUUCAAGUGAAUUUUAUUGAUUCAGAAGGGAAACAAAACAAUAGGAAUUUUCUGUUACAGUUUUAGAGAUUUAACUGAUUAAAUCUAUACCUUGUUAUUUUGAAGACAAAUAUAUUUUUCACAGAUGUUUGUUGCUAGAUAAUUAUGAUAUCUUAUCAUAUAGGGUAGAUUUGUUGGAAUUGGGAAACAAUGAUAUUAAGACUGAAUUAGGAAAGUUUCAUUAAUUCUCUCUUAUUACUUUCAGUUAAAUUCUACCUUUGACAGCAAAAUGGUUAAAGGGCAUGAUUGAUUAUUCCUUAUGUCUUUAAUGAAUAUUUUGGGAAAGAAUGAUGAUACAUGUACAGAAAUGCUUUCUUUACUAAGAUAUGUUUAUCCUUUAUUGUUUAUUUACAGGAAUCUCACACAGUUGUUGAAUAACUGAACACUACAAUGUUAUUAGACAUAAUCUAAUAAAUGGGAGCAUAUAGUUCA